UAAGAUACGAAAUGUCACUCUGACAGUUUAUUAUGUUUAAAAUGAACACAAAACUUCGAAUAAAUCCUCGAAUAUGUAAUAUCUAGUAUACAAUUCCAUUACACACGCUCAAUUUAUUUUUCAGGCAAUCCACUUUCAAAGAUUAGAAGGUUCGCAAUGGAAGAACCUAACUCGGACCAUGACAGUGUAACAUAAAACGGAAUUAUAGGAACAGUAGAAAUUGUUGACAGGAUUCGAAAUGGACUCGGUCAGUUCAGUGCUCUGGUUACAGCCUAUUGCACUGGACACAUUUGCCAAGAUGUGGUAUCAUGUUUUUUUAUGGGCUUUGUUUUCAUCUAUUUUUGUUCACACGGCUGCUGGACUUAUAGCAUUUCUCACGUUGAGAAAACACAAGUUUGGCAAGUUCUUCCCUAUUGGCAUAUUGUUGAUGGGAGUUAUUACACCGGCGGUGACUGGUAUAGUGAGUAGCGCGGCCAUAGCUUUUGUAUACAGGGCGUCCAGUUUGCCCAUGCAUCCGUUGUACGCGCUGUUUUGGGGCUGCGGACAGACUGUGGUGACGGCGUGCAUGGGUUUCACCAGGAUAUUGGCCACACUCUAACUUGUGCAAUGGACUCACUCCAGUGUUUAAAAGAUAAAUUUAUAACUCAUAUAAAUGUGAUGGUGCUACAUGCAUAUAAAUAGCUAGUAUAUUUUCUAUUAUUUCAUAUUUCAUUAUUUAAUUGUAAAUUGUUUUUAUUGGUGUAUAUUAUUAUAAAAUGUAUAAAUACACAUGAUUAGUUUAG